UAAAGCAUGUGAUCCUGGAGGACGGGAAAAAACGUUUGAUCCAUUCUGUAUGUUAUUUGAGCAAAUAUAAGUAAAUUCGCUAUGACUGGAAGAGGGAAAUUAAUCGCCGUUAUAGGAGAUGAAGAUACGUGUACCGGAUUCCUCCUCGGAGGGAUCGGAGAACUAAAUAAAAACCGAAAACCCAAUUUCUUGGUUGUGGAGAAGGACACGAGCAUCACAGAGAUAGAGGAGACUUUCAAGAGUUUCCUGACUCGCAGUGACAUUGGCAUCAUCCUCAUCAACCAAUUCAUUGCAGAAAUGAUCCGUCAUGCCAUAGAUGCCCAUAUACAGUCCAUCCCAGCAGUACUGGAGAUUCCUUCAAAAGAGCAUCCAUAUGAUGCGUCCAAAGAUUCCAUCCUGCGAAGGGCCAAGGGCAUGUUCUCUGCAGAGGACUUCCGAUAAGCUGUUACCGGUGUGGUCUGGCCUGAGCAGGGGAGAGAAGACGAGGGUUUUGUGUCAUGCAGUUUAUUCCCUCCCCUCCUCCAUCUUGCUGAAGCUGGAAAUCAUCUUGCAUAGAAUAAUUACUUCUGUCCAGGAAUUGUAAUUGUUGUGUGAUGUGCGCACUUCCCAUGUUUGUAAAAUGGUUUGUGUGCUUCUAAUGAUAAUGGUUUACAAUUAUAUUGCAAAUUUAAAAGAGAAUAUUUUUCCCCAACAUUUAACACACACACACACACACACACACACAUAUAUAUAUAUAUAUAUAUAUAUAUAUAUAUAUAUAUAUAAGAAAUUCUGAUAAACAAGAUUUCUUGUUAACUACCAUGAAUAUUGAAGUUGUUGUACAUGUCUUUCAUCUCUAAGCUGAUAAUAUAGGAUAGGAUUGCGGAAACUAGUGUCCACUUAGUGAGCCCUGCUUCAAUCUGUCCCAGACUAACUGAACAAUUUGUUUCAAACCUGUGCUGUAAAUGCUAUUUGUCAUAAUAAUAUUUUUUCACUCAGAGGAAUUCAAACAAAGAGCUUUUUGCAUUCUGAUGUAAUAAAAUAUGUUUUGUCUUAAGAACUACGAAUUGCAGUUUAUUAAA